AACUAGAUAGUAUGUUACAAGCACAAUAGUAUGUUACAAGCAUGCUACAAGUUUAAGACGAACAAUUUAUAUUACCUGAUAUCACUAAUGUAAUGAGAAAGAAAAUUUUCAAAAUGUCAGCAACAAUGAGAGUAGCGCUUCUCCAACGAUGGAAAAACUAUUGGAUGAGUAUUUAUAUGGAUUAUAAAGAAACAGCAUUGGAUAUUGCUAAAAGUUUUAAAGAACAUCCUAUUAAAGCAUCUAUUUAUUUUUCUCUUUUAGGAUCCUAUGUAUAUCUACGCAGGCAUAAUCCAGAUGAGCGUUCCUUCAAAGAACAUUUAUUAGAAAAUACUAUAAAAGUAAUGCAAGUGGGAGAAGCUAUACGUAACCCAAAGUCUGAACAAUAUCUACAAUGGUUAAGCCAAUCUUACAAUGAAGGAAUUGUGCGGCGGCUGGAUUUAGGUAUAGUUAGUUUAAUCUGGUUAGAUAACUAUGACAAAAUGUGUUCCUUGUACAAAGUUGCUUGUCCUUAUUUAAAAACACAAUAUCUAACCUUUUAUCAAAGAGUGGUAGAUAUUGGAUUUUUAGAUAAAUGGUGGAUCUUAGAGAAUAAAAUGAAAGAUUACGAUGUAAAUGAAGCACAAUUUAGUGAUGUAAAAUAUAAAUAAACAUAAAAAUGAAAAAAAGUUAUUUAUUUUA